UCGUAUGCAUCCAUCGAAAAAAUGCGAUGGAACGUUGAACCCAUACAACAUAACCAACUGUUGAAUCAUUUCCUCUCAAUCACGGCCACAGAAUCAUCUGUCUUGGAGAAACGCUUCCUACCGGUAGCAGUACCAGUCCCAGUACCUGUAGGCCCAAUUGGACCAGGAUUUGGUUAUGGCGGACCAGGAUAUGGAUACGGUGGACCUGGAUUGGGUUAUGGUGGUCCAGGAUUCGGAUAUGGUGGACCAGCGGGAGGAGCUAGCAACGCCCAAGCUCAGACAGCUUCCUUCAACAUUGGACCCGGAGGCAUCAGUGGUUCGUUCAGCACAGCGGGAGCCAGUUCGAAUUCUGUAGGUGGUCCGGGCUUCGGAGGAGCGGGUUCAUCGGCUAGUGCGUCAGCUGAGUCCGGUUCAUUUGGUGGUGGAUUCGGCGGUGGGGCUGCCUCGAAUGCACAAGCGUCAGCAAAUUCAUUCGGGGGCGGAGGCAGUUUGUUACCGUAA